GCUGCCUCAUGGCGUCAUCGAAAGAUCACCACUUGGCCAGCUCAAAGGAGCAAGCUCUCUAUAUAACACGCUAGCUAGCUAGCUCAUCCAGUGCUACACGAGCUCAAGCAAAGCAAGCAGCUAGCUAGCCAGAGCUAGCUAGCAAUGGCGCCGACGACGAGGACAGUACUGGUCCUUCUCUCGGUCGCGGUGCUCUUCCUCGUCGCCGGCUUCCCCCUCCUCGCCGACGCGCAGGCCGCGGCAGUACCGGCGGCGGCGGAUCAGGCGUGCGGCGCCCGGCUGGACCAGGCGGACGGCGCCGGCGCGUGCCACGACGUGCCCAAGGCGCUGCGGCUGAAGCUGAUCGCCAUCCCGGCCAUCCUCGUGUCCAGCGUCGUCGGCGUCUGCCUGCCGCUCUUCGCCCGCUCCGUGCCGGCGCUCCGCCCCGACCGCAACCUCUUCGUCGUCGUCAAGGCCUUCGCGUCGGGGGUCAUCCUCGCCACCGGCUACAUGCACGUGCUCCCGGACUCCUUCAGCAGCCUCGGCUCGCCGUGCCUGCCCAGGAAGCCGUGGUCCGACUUCCCCUUCGCCGCCUUCGUCGCCAUGCUCGCCGCCGUCUCCACGCUCAUGGUCGACUCGCUCAUGCUCACCUACUACAACCGCACCAGGCGCAGCUCCUCCUCUAGCGGCGCCGCCGGCGACACCGCCGCCGUCGCCGACCACGAGAGCCCGGACCAGGCAGCACACUGGCACGGCCACGGCCACAGCCAUGGCAUGGCGGUGGCCGUGGCCAAGCCCGACGACGUCGAGGCCACUCAGGUGCAGCUGCGCCGGAACCGCGUCGUCGUUCAGGUCCUGGAGAUGGGCAUCGUGGUGCACUCGGUGGUGAUCGGGCUGGGCAUGGGGGCGUCGCAGAACGCGUGCACCAUCCGGCCGCUGGUGGCGGCGAUGUGCUUCCACCAGAUGUUCGAGGGGAUGGGCCUCGGCGGCUGCAUCCUGCAGGCGGAGUACGGCGCCAGGAUGAGGUCGGCGCUCGUCUUCUUCUUCUCCACCACCACGCCGUUCGGCAUCGCCCUCGGCCUGGCGCUCACCAGGGUGUACAGGGACGACAGCCCGACGGCGCUCGUCGUCGUCGGCCUGCUCAACGCCGCCUCGGCCGGGCUGCUGCACUACAUGGCGCUGGUGGAGCUCCUCGCCGCCGACUUCAUGGGGCCCAGGCUGCAGGGCAACGUCCGGCUCCAGCUCGCCGCGUUCCUCGCCGUCCUCCUCGGCGCCGGCGGCAUGUCCGUCAUGGCCAAGUGGGCGUGAGCUUGGCUGAUCGCCCCCGCAUCCCACGGUCCGGCCGGUUGGCAUGAUGCAUGCAUGCUGCAUGUUUGAUUGAGUUUGGUCAGAUCACUCGAUCCUCAGCUGUGGCCUGUGGACAUAUUGUAUUAGUGAUAGUGUGAUUCAUAUUUUCAGUGUUGUAGUGUGAUUGUUCAGGUUUUGUUCAUGUGAUACGUACAUUACCAACCCAAAGAACUACGGUGAGACAGCGGGCACUGUCUGACAAGGCUGUAUGGGUGAAAAAUAUGAUAUCAUGAUUAUCAUAUGAUCAUCUUGCA